UAACCGCAUUAUCUCAACGCCUCUCACUUCAAUCCACCACCACUCUCUUUUCUCCAUUCUUCACUCUCAAUUUGAUGCCCAAAACCAAACUAAACAAUGAACACUCAACAUAUUCAUACUCAAACAUUGCUUCCUCAAUCUUUCUGUUUUCAAAAGCACCCAUUCUUCUUAUCCUCACAAGCACAAUUUCAACAUAAAAAGUUUGCAACUUUUACUAUAAAGAAGAGCAGAUGCUUUAGUGGGUUUACUAGGAGUAAGGUUAGGAGCUCAGUGAGUGAAGUUGAAGAGAAAAAACAAGCAGAGCAACAAGUGGUGAAGAGGGCUUACCCAUUUCAUGAAAUUGAGCCAAAAUGGCAGAGUUUUUGGGAAAAGAAUCGAACUUUUAGAACCCCAGAUGAAAUUGAUACUUCUAAACCUAAGUUUUAUGUUCUUGACAUGUUCCCUUAUCCCAGCGGAGCUGGGUUACAUGUAGGCCAUCCACUGGGAUAUACCGCCACAGAUAUUUUAGCGAGGUUAAAACGUAUGCAAGGUUGCAAUGUUUUGCAUCCAAUGGGAUGGGAUGCAUUUGGAUUGCCUGCUGAGCAAUAUGCAAUCGAGACAGGAACUCACCCAAAACUCACAACAUUGAGGAACAUUAAUCGCUUCCGCACCCAGCUUAAGUCAUUGGGUUUCUCGUAUGACUGGGAUCGUGAAAUCUCCACAAUAGAACCGGAUUAUUAUAAAUGGACCCAAUGGAUCUUUCUUCAACUGCUCAAGAGAGGAUUGGCAUACCAGGCUGAAGUGCCAGUCAAUUGGUGUCCUGCUCUUGGCACUGUCUUAGCAAAUGAGGAGGUGGUGGAUGGUGUGAGUGAGCGUGGGGGGCAUCCAGUUAUAAGAAAGCCAAUGAGGCAAUGGAUGCUCAAGAUUACUGCAUAUGCUGAUCGUCUUCUUGAAGAUUUAGAUGACCUUGACUGGCCUGAAAGUGUAAAAGAAAUGCAAAGGAACUGGAUCGGGAGGUCUGAAGGUGCUGAAUUGGACUUUUAUGCUGUUGAUAGUAAUGGACAGAAAAGAGACAUAAAAAUUACUGUUUAUACAACCAGGCCUGACACAUUAUUUGGAGCAACAUAUUUAGUCGUAGCGCCAGAGCAUCCCCUGUUGUCAUCAUUAGUAUCCACAGCAUUGAGUAAAAAUGUGGAGGAAUACAAAGAAAUUGCUUCAAGAAAGAGUGAUCUCGAGCGGACUGAGCUUCAGAAGGAAAAAACUGGGGUCUUCAGUGGUUGUUAUGCAAGAAAUCCAGCAAAUGGGGAAGCAAUACCAAUAUGGGUUGCAGACUAUGUCUUGGGGAGCUAUGGAACAGGAGCAAUUAUGGCCGUGCCCGCGCAUGACAGUCGUGAUCAUGAGUUUGCUUUGAAGUAUGACAUUCCAAUUUGUUGGGUUGUGACACCAGAGGAUGAAAGUUGUGUUGAAUCUAGGAAGGCUUACUCUGGUGAAGGCACUGUAAUGAAUUCAUCAAAUGCAACAUCAGGGCUUGACAUCAAUGGCUUGAAUUGCAAGGAAGCUGCUUCUAGAGUUAUUGAGUGGGCUGAGAAAACUGGGAACGGAAAGAAAAAGGUAAACUACAAGCUCAGGGACUGGCUUUUUGCUCGGCAACGUUAUUGGGGGGAACCUAUUCCUGUCAUUUUCUUGGAGGGCACUAGUGAGAGUGUUCCACUUCAUGAAACUGAAUUGCCUCUAACCCUGCCUGAAUUGGAUGAUUUUACUCCCACUGGGACAGGAGAGCCACCGCUAUCAAAAGCAGUGUCUUGGGUUAAUACCACAGAUCCUUCAUCUGGGAAACCUGCUAAACGAGAAACAAGCACCAUGCCACAGUGGGCUGGUUCUUGCUGGUACUAUUUAAGAUUUAUGGACCCAAAAAAUUCUAAAGAAUUAGCUGACAAAACAAAAGAAAGGUACUGGGGUCCAGUUGAUGUUUAUGUUGGUGGUGCUGAACAUGCUGUUCUUCACUUACUUUAUUCUAGAUUCUGGCACAAGGUUCUUUAUGACAUUGGUGUGGUGUCGACCAUAGAGCCUUUCAAGUGUGUCAUAAACCAGGGGAUUAUCCUUGGGGAAGUUCAAUAUAUGGCUUGUAAAGAUGCAGAUGGGAACUAUGUAUCUGCAGACUCCAGUGACCUGUCUAGUGAACAUCAGGAAAGCAUUCCUGAGGAGAAAGUCAUGAAAUCUGGGGACUCUUUUGUCUUGAAAGAUGAUCCUAACAUUCGUGUAAUUGCUCGUGCCCACAAAAUGAGUAAAAGUAGGGGAAAUGUUGUCAAUCCUGAUGAUGUUGUUUCUGAGUAUGGUGCAGAUUCCCUUCGUUUGUAUGAAAUGUUCAUGGGACCAUUUAGAGACUCCAAAACUUGGAAUACAAGUGGUAUCGAAGGUGUGCAUCGAUUUUUGGGAAGAACUUGGAGACUGAUUGUCGGUUCACCUUUACCCGAUGGUACAUUCAAAGAUGGAAGUGUGAUAACUGAUGAGCAGCCUACUUCAGAACAACUUCGUGCCCUACAUAAAUGCAUAGCUAAGGUGACUGAGGAGAUCGAAGGUACUCGGUUCAACACUGGUAUUUCUGCAAUGAUGGAGUUCAUUAAUGCAGCAUAUAAGUGGGAUAAACAUCCAAGAAAAAUUAUCGAACCAUUUGUUUUAUUGCUCUCGCCAUAUGCACCCCACAUGGCAGAGGAGCUUUGGUUUCGAAUGGGGCACUCAAAUUCAUUGGCAUAUGAGUCAUUCCCCGAGGCAGAUCCCGCUUACUUGAAGGACUCUACAAUAGUCCUACCAAUUCAGAUCAAUGGCAAGAGCCGGGGUACCAUUCAAGUCGAAGAAGGAUGUUCAGAGGAAGAAGCUUUCAGAUUAGCUUCCUUGGAUGAGAAACUCUCCAAGUAUAUAGAUGGGAAAACAAUCAAAAAAAGAAUCUAUGUCCCAGGAAAGAUCAUGAACAUAAUUUUGGACCGUCAAAACGCCAAGGUAGGUGCCAAAUAACUACUUCUCGUAGGAGAUGUUGCUGAGCAUCAUAAUAAUUUCCAAUCGAAAGACACAACCAUGCAUUUAUCUCAUAUCCGUCAAUUCAACAGAAUGCAUGAAUAUACAGAGGAAGACAUCGCUAAUUUUCAGCUCAUUUGAAUGUAUAAGAAUGUGUCAAGGGGUAUUUUCAUGGAGUUGACAAGCUAAAUUGUUUGCUUCAAAGGGGAGCUUCAAA